AUGCUCGUUAUCUGGAGUCUACGAAACGCUUCUCGCUCGGAUUUAGAAGCCAUUGGUAGAUUACGACCACGUCGCGAUAAAUUUCGAAACCUUAUCGUUUUGCUGUCAGUGUUGUGCAUUUUCGACGCGUUCCCCGCUGCUAUCUCCCUGUCUGACGUGGCAAUAGGAUCUCCUGACCCGAUUCCAGAAGUCCCGGCCGUGUCAGAUUGGGACGCGUUUGAAACGCAGUUGAGACGAGAGGCAGACGAUGAUGAUCCUAUUAUAGAGGUCAACGCCACCACUCUCAACCGCCUCUUCGAGCUUCUCACCGCAUCCAACCCCACAGCACUCACUUCUCCUUCCGCAUCUCCCUCCUCCACUCCCUCCUCUACCCCCUCAUCCUCCUUCCACUCCACCACCCCUUCCCCGUCACUUCCCUUCCCCCAUUCUCACACGUCCCCCUCUCCCCCCACAUCCACCCGCUCCGCCUCUGAAUCUAAACAAACCCCUUCUGACCUAACCCACACCUGCCCUGGUCAAACCGGCCACCAAGGAAAAUGCGACAGCGGGGGUAACACUGUUACCAGCAGCAGCAGGAGCAGUGUAGGCCGCCGUGCUUCUGCAGUGUGCCGCGCAGCGUGUGUGUUGGUAUACACAGACUGGUGCCCAUUCUCCUCACAGCUACGCGCGCUCCUCUCAACCACGGCGCCGCUCUUUCCCCACAUACUGCACGUGGCCAUCGACAAAAAGGAGCUCCGACCCAGCGUUCUAUCCCGCAUGGGUGUGUACAGUGUGCCAGCGCUAUUCCUGCAAAACUCCACCACUCGGAUUCGCUACCGAGGCCCGCGCACUGCUGCACAUCUCUCCGAGUACAUCUCAGCGUUUACUCGCU